AUGGAAGCCAACAUCUCAGUACCUCCAUAUGAAUCUGAAUGGAUGAGCCAUGAGAUCAUCGUACGUGCUAUUCUAUGGAUAGUCUCAAUGGUGCUACUCUCGAUCACCUUUGUCCUCGGUGUGCUGGGCAAUGGACUGGUGAUCUGGGUGGCUGGAUCCCGGAUGGCACAUACAGUCACCACCAUAUGUUACCUGAACCUGGCCCUUGCCGACUUCUUCUUCAGUGUUACGCUACCUUUCCUCAUUGUCUCCAUGGCCAUGAAAGGACUUUGGCCUUUUGGGUGGUUCCUCUGCAAGUUCACUAACAUCAUGAUAGCCAUAAACCAAUAUGGAAGCAUCUUCCUGAUUGUUGUCAUUGCUCUGGACCGCUGUAUCUGUGUCCUGCAUCCAGUGUGGUCGCAGAAUCACCGCAGUGUUAACCUGGCCAAAAAGGUGAUCUUCGGAAUGUGGAUACUUGCUACAGUCUUUUCUUUGCCAGCUUUUAUCUUCUCAAAUAUAGUAAAUGAAAAAGGGAAUGAGAUAUGUUUUUUAUCCUUUGAAUCUUUGGGAUCCACAGAGGAAGAACAAAUGGAGAUACUCCUUGCAAUAUCACUACCUAUGGGGAUUACCCAGUUCAUUUUUGGCUUCUGCCUGCCCAUGUUCAUCAUGUUGGUCUGUUAUGGGCUAAUAGCUGCCAAGAUACAUGCAAUGCGCAUGAUAAAGUCUAGCCGUCCUUUUCAGGUCCUCAUUGCUGUUGUGGCUUCCUUCUUUAUCUGUUGGUUCCCCUUUCAACUGGUUGGGCUUCUAGGCAAAGUCUGGGUCAAAGAUGUUGAACUGAAUGAAUAUAAGAUAAUACAUAUAUACCUGUUACUGUUACCUCCAACAAUGUCCCUGGCCUGCUUCAACAGCUGCCUUAACCCAAUACUCUAUGUUUUCAUGGGCCAGGACUUCCGAGAGAAACUGAUCCACUCCCUUCCCUUCACAGUGGAGAGGGCCCUGAGUGAUAACUUUGUGAAGGCAAUUGGCACAGCCAUCAGUUCUGGGGCACCUUCUGCAGAUGGGGUAUUAAAAGAAGGGGCUUCUGCUUGUCUUUCAUCUUAUCCUAAUCCCUCCUCCAACUCUUUUGAGCUACGCCCUUGAAUAUUUGCUUUGGAAAGUUACUUAUAUGUCCUCUGAAUUGGAGGGAAAGAAAUAGAUAAUGGGCUCUAUGGGUGUCAUUCUUGUAUUGUUUUGGCUUAAGGAUCUCAGUUACUUUUUCCUCAUUGCAGGACAAAAUGCCCACAAUCAAAAUUAAGAAAAGAAAGGCUU